GGGCUGCACGGAAUGAUGGCCAGAGGGUCAGCGCUUGAAGCAAUUCGAGAAAGCAAAAGCAGUGCCGGGAGCCCUGGCAAAGAGCUUUCAAACCCUAUAGAAAGCCUAACUGCAAUAAAAAAUGAUCAUUUUUGUCUGCGGCUGCCUGACGCCCCACAGCCACCGCGGCCCCGCGCAGCCAGCGGCCCUCCCUUGCCAGAAGCCGCGCCGUCCCCACGGACGGCUCCAGGACCCCGCGCUGCGGCAGCCCUCAGACCGCCGCCUCCGGCCUCGCGGCGCCGAGCCCGGACUCAGCUCGGGGCCGGUAUCGGCAGCGGCGGGGCCCGGCCUGCGCGUCAGGUGACGCGGGUCGCGGCGCCGCGCUCUCCGCCCAGCGGCGAGCGGGGGAAGGGAGCGGCGGCGGCGGCAGCGCGGGGCCGUGUGGCGGCGGCGCGGCACCUGGGCUCCCCCCGAGGCCGCCGGCAGGCAGAGGGGCUCUCGCAGCCUCUCGCAGCCCCGGCGGGGAGCGCGGCCGGCAUGAGCCAGGUGCCGAGGAAGUUGCCCCAGGAGGAGGGGGACGAGGAGGAGGAAGAGGAGGAGGAGAUCGUGGGCUUGGCGGGCUACGCCGACGGGGCCGAGUCCUUCUCGGACGGGGACGCGGAGAGCGGCGGCGAUGAGGCGUUUUUGGAUUUCAAUGAUCCCUUCAGUACUGAAGUUAAGCCACGAAUCCUGCUCAUGGGUUUGAGAAGAAGUGGGAAGUCUUCCAUUCAGAAAGUUGUCUUUCACAAAAUGUCACCAAAUGAGACCCUCUUCUUGGAAAGCACAAACAAAAUCUGCAGAGAGGAUGUAUCCAACAGCUCCUUUGUCAACUUUCAGAUAUGGGAUUUUCCUGGGCAGAUUGACUUCUUUGACCCCACAUUUGACUAUGAGAUGAUUUUCAGAGGCACUGGAGCACUAAUAUUUGUUAUUGACUCUCAGGAUGAUUAUAUGGAAGCAUUAGCUCGGCUGCAUCUUACUGUGACCAGAGCAUAUAAAGUGAAUCCAGACAUCAACUUUGAAAUCUUUAUCCAUAAAGUGGAUGGCUUAUCUGAUGAUCACAAGAUUGAAACACAAAGAGAUAUUCACCAGAGGGCAAAUGAUGACCUUGCAGAUGCUGGAUUGGAGAAAAUUCAUCUCAGCUUUUAUCUGACAAGCAUAUAUGAUCAUUCUAUAUUUGAAGCAUUUAGCAAAGUGGUACAGAAACUGAUUCCACAGCUCCCAACACUGGAAAAUCUGCUUAACAUCUUUAUUUCAAAUUCUGGGAUUGAGAAAGCAUUUUUAUUUGAUGUAGUGAGUAAGAUCUAUAUUGCAACGGACAGCACUCCAGUGGAUAUGCAAACUUAUGAGCUCUGCUGUGAUAUGAUAGAUGUUGUGAUUGACAUUUCUUGUAUAUAUGGGCUUAAAGAUGAUGGCACUGGAACUCCGUAUGACAAAGAAUCAAUGGCAAUCAUAAAACUGAACAAUACAACUGUCCUUUAUUUAAAAGAAGUAACAAAAUUCCUUGCUCUUGUUUGCUUUGUGAGAGAAGAAAGCUUUGAGAGAAAAGGAUUAAUAGACUACAAUUUCCAUUGUUUUCGAAAAGCCAUACAAGAAGUAUUUGAAGUAAGAAUGAAAGUAGUAAGAUCUCGAAAACAUCAAAGUCAUGUGCAAAAAAAUAAGAGACCCACUCCUAAUGGGACACCAAGAAUGCCACUGUAACUGAGGUUUUCUGGCACUGUGGCGAGCUAAGAUUUCAUGAAGUUGAUGUGACUUCUGCAUCUCAUUGCACUGAGUGAAGAGGAAAACCAAUGGGACUGAUGUAUUACAUGAAUUUUCCCUGAACGUUCAGAAAGCACUGUUUAAAUAUUUUUAUCCAAUCAGUUUUUUUAAUAUAGUGAGCACUUUGAGCAAAAUGUUGUAUAUAUAAGCAUUGAGGUGAACACUUGUAAGAAGUUUCUUAAUAUAUGCUGUAAACCUUUUUCAUGCCAUAUUAAGAAAAAACAGCUGUGACAGAAAUACUGGGUACAUAAUUUGCACUUUUUCAUGUUUUCCUUGUGGAGUUGGACUUUGAUAAACUUAGUUUUUAUGGUGAUUUUGAUGCAUGGCGUCAGGUAAAAUGUAUGCUGUAUUUUAUUUACCUGCUACAAUCAAAUUGGCUAGUAAACAAUUAAGAAAACUUGGUACGAUGCCUUUUAAAAUUUGUUACAGCUAAUACCUAACAUUCAUACCGAUCUGAUUUCAUAUAUUUUUCAAUUUGUAACCUGAAAAGUAAUUUUGAAGUAUUACAGCAAUAAGUACCUUACCAGCAAUCAUAACUGGUAGGUAAACAUUCAUAACUGGUAGGUAAAUAUUAGCUUUUAUAAAACAGGCUUUUGGCCAAAUUUCAUCUGGAGUUCUUCAUAACACUGGUAAUGCCCUCUGGGUCUACUUUUAUCAUUUACCUCAGCGUAUACCACUAAAAUACCUUUCUAUAAAGACAGUUGUUUUGUAAAAUGGCUCUAUGUUGCACUGGUAUUUUUACAAGGUUUUGGAGGAGGGUGGUUUAUCCAAAAGAUUGAAUUUAUGCUGCUAAAUUUGUUUUGAUGGCCUGCACAGUUGUGGUUGUUGCGGUGAAGAAUCUGUGCAUUUCUACCCUGCCAUUCAGAUGUACUGAUGGAAGUCCUAAAGAUGCAAGCACAUCAGAAGUUUUCUGAUUCCUUCUACUUGUGGGUACAUCUGCAAUUGAAAUGAGUACUGGAGAAAUCAACCUGUUACAGUAAUCAGACUAUCUUGCUACUUUUAAUAUAUAGAAAUGAGCAGAUUUGUCAAAGGAUCCACCAGGACAUCCAAGUACUAUCAGACUUUAAAAAUAAGUAAAACUUUCUGAAUUCUGUA